AUGCGCGCCUUGACGAGAAGCAUACAACCUUUCUCCGCGGCUUUCACUCUCCCGAAACACGCCAACCGCAUACGGCUGUCGAAUGCGACUCCCUUGCCGUCAUGGACGCGCUCAUUCCACGCGUCGGCGAAUCUGAGGGUCGUCGACCUCGCGUAUCGGCUCCAUGAUGACUCUGGCAAGGCGAACGGAGAUCCGAUUGUAAUUGUACAUGGCUUGUUUGGGAGCAAGAGGAACAACCAGGGCGUCGGAAAUGCACUGGCACGCGUUCUCAAGCGUCCCGUAUACGCCAUCGAUACGCGAAACCACGGCGAAUCUCCCCACGAUAAAGUCCACAACUAUACCGCCCUCGCCGAAGACGUAGAAGCCUUCCUCCAGAAGCACGAGCUGAAGAAUACGACACUCAUAGGCCACUCGAUGGGCGCGAAGACAGUCAUGACCAUGGCGCUGAGGAACCCAGACUGCUGCGCAAACAUCAUACCAGUGGACAAUGCACCAGUGGAUGCGGCGUUAUCAAGCGACUUCCCCAAGUACGCAGAAGGCAUGCAGCAUGUCGAGCGGUCACAGCCCAAGAGCCAAAAGGAGGCAGACAAACUUAUGGAGCCCUACGCGAAGGACCUACCAGUUCGCCAAUUUCUAUUGACGAACCUGAUGAGGGGUGAGCCAGGCGCGCCGCUGAAGUUUCGCAUACCCGUGAGCAUCCUCACCAAGGCGCUCGACAACAUGGCCGACUUCCCCUUCACCAACCCCGAUGAGGCCUCGUUCAGCAAGAGAGCUCUCUUCAUCCGAGGCACCAAGAGCCACUACGUAAGCGACGAGACACUGCCCAUAAUUGGUCGAUUCUUCCCAAGGUUUGAAUUGGUGGACGUAGACUGUGGCCAUUGGGUCAUUAGUGAGAAACCAGAGGAGUUUAUCAAAGCGGUGGUGGAUUUCUUACAGGAGAAGGAGUAG